CCCGCUGCUCUGGAGUCGUUGGCCCGGGGCAGGCGAUGGGCUCGGCGGCCGCCCCGGGGCGCGCCACUUGGGUACUGGCUGGGGGCCUCCUGGCCGCCGCCCUGGCUCUGCCCGCCGGGUCCGGGGGCCGAGGCUGGCUCCCCGCGGGCCCCCGACUCCCCCGGCGUACGCUGGGCGCGCAAGCGCCCUCGGAUCGCUCCGCAGCCCCCGGGGCGGGGCCCGAGCGCGCCGCGCAGCAUGGAGACAUUUCAAGACACAUUCAAGGAACUCCUGAGAAUGGAGUGAUUUUUCAGAAAUGUGCAGUGGUGUCAGGGCCGAGCGUGUCGCAGAUGGUUCGGGUACGUCUACUGGUGAACAACACCCAGACGCCGGCAGCAGCCAACCUCUCAGACCUGCUUCUGCUCGACAACAUCACCGGCCUCACCGUCAGGGAGUCGACUGGAAACAGGACCUCGGCGGGUUUCCAGACCUUCAGGAGGAGGUUCCUGUCAGUCGGAGACUCCUUCUCAGUCAGCUACAUAGCCUCGCUGGAGGCCGGAGCCGUCGUGCGCGGGGGAGCCCUGGUGCUGCCUGCCCAGCUCACCUGUCAGAGUUCGUCACUGAACAGAACUCAGCUAAGGGCACUUUUCACUAUCACAGCCGAAGAAAAGGUGAAGAUUCUACCAAACCACGGCCUCCACGCAGCUGGGUUCUUCGUGGCCUUCGUUGUCUCCCUUGUGCUGACCUGGGUCACCCUUUUCUUCAUGGUUCGGUAUCAGUGUUUGAAGGGAGGCGUGUUCAGCAGACAUCAGGGUCGGCAUCGCGAGAGCAAGCUGGAGCACGCCCAGUUUACGUCGGCCGAUGCUUUGAAUGAAGAUCUUGCUCUAAAUGACCAGAUGAUAGACAUUCUGUCCUCAGAGGACCCCGGGAGCGUGCUGCAAGCCUUGGAAGAGUUGGAGAUCGCAACCCUGAAUCGGGCCGACUCCGACCUGGAGGCCUGUCGAACCCAGAUCAGCCAAGAUGUCAUCGCCCUUCUACUGCGAGGCCUGACCAGCAGGGGCCACCUCUCCCCUCCCGCAGAGAGGAGGAUGGGCGCUUUUUUCAAAAAGCAGUUUCUCUUGCUGGAGAAGGAAAUACAAGAGGAGUACGAUCGGAAGAUGGUGGCGUUGACGGCUGAAUGCGAUCUGGAAACAAGAAAGAAGACAGAGACCCAGUACCAGAGGGAGAUGGCGGCGAUGGAGGAGGCGGAAGAGCUGCUGAAACGUGUUAGCGAGAGGCCCGCCGCCGAGUGCAGCAGCCUCCUGCGGACCCUGCACGGCCUGGAGCAGGAGCACCUGAGGAGGUCCCUCGCUCUGCAGCAGGAGGAAGACUUCGCCAAGGCUCGCCGGCAGCUCGCCGUUUUCCAGAGAAACGAGCUGCACAGCAUCUUUUUUGCCCAGAUAAAAAGUGCCAUUUUCAAAGGGGACCUGAAGCCAGAGGCAGCUAAAAUGCUGCUGCAAGACUAUGCGAAAAUCCAGGACGAUGUAGAAGAGUUAAUGGACUUUUUCCAGGCCAGUAAGAGGUAUCAUCUAAGUAAAAGAUUCGGCCACAGAGAGUACCUGGUCCAGAACAUCCAGUCGUCGGAGACCCGCGUGCGGGGGCUCCUGAGCACCGCGGCUGCGCAGCUGACCCUCCUCAUCCAGAAGCACGAGAGGGCUGGGUACUUGGAUGAAGAUCAGACAGAAGCGCUGUUGGAACGGGCUCAGACAGAAGUCUUCUCUAUAAAGCAGAAGUUGGACAAUGACUUAAAGCAGGAAAAGAAAAGGCUCCGCCAAAAGCUAAUAAUUAAGAGAAGACGAGAGAUGCUGCAAAAGCACAAGGAGCAGCGGAAGGAGCAGCUGUCCAUCGCGGACGCCUUCCGCGCCGCUGAGGACGCGGGCCAGUACCUGGGCCAGUGGCGGAGCCUGGUGGCAGACCACAGCGCCGCCCUGGAGGAGCUGCAGGAGCGCCUGGACCAGGCUGCCCUGGAUGACCUCAGGGCCCUGACACUGUCGCUGUUCGAGAAAGCCACCGAGGAGCUGCGGCGCCUGCAGAACUCCGUGGUGACCCAGGAGCUGCUCAAGCGUGGCGUGCCCUGGCUCUUCCUGCAGCAGAUCCUGGAGGAGCAGGGCAGGGAGGUGGCCGCCCGGGCCGAGCAGCUCGAGGGCGAGCAGAGGGACAGGGACCAGGAGGGCGUCCAGAGCGUGAGGCAGAGACUGAAGGACGACGCUCCCGAGGCCUCGACGGAGGAGCAGGCAGAGCUGAGACGCUGGGGGCGCUUGAUCUUUACGAGGCUCUGCUCCGCGGCCUUCUCCCUGUCGGAGGAGGAGCUGCUCCGGCUGCGGCAGGACGUGCACGGCUGCUUCGCCCAGAUGGACAGGAGCCUGGCGCUGCCCAGGGUCCGGGCCCGCGUGCUGCUGCAGCGGCUUCAGACGGCGCGGCGGGAGGCGGAGUUCCUGAAGUUGGACCAGGCCCGGGCUGUCCCCGAGCUGCAGCAACAGUCCAGGGUGAGGAAGCCGCGUGCCAAGAGUAAAAGCAAGAUCGACCUUUUGAAGAAGUGCAUUGAGGAUAAAAUUCAGCUCUUUGAGGAACCGGCCCCUGAAGACCUGGCUGAAAAGGUCCGAGGAGAGCUGCUCCGGGAGCGGCUGCAGCAGCUGGAGGCCCAGGAGGGCCGCUUGGCGGAGUCCCUCGUCUCCCUGCAGUUCCAGAAGGCGGCCCGGACGGCCAGGACGCUGCGGGCCUACACGGCCCUCCUGGGCCUCCAGGACCUGCUGCUGGAGGAGCUGCGUGUGUCGGAGACCCUGACGCGGGCAGCCUGCGCCCAGGUCCUGGAGUCGCAUGGCCCUGAGCUCCAGGAGCUGGAGCGGAAGCUGGAGGACCGGCUGGCCCAGCAGGAGGCAGCGCAGCUGCAGCGGGCCCUGGCCAGUCGGCAGCAGUGGGCAGGGGACGGGCCCGGGCUCCUGAACGAGUCUGAGGACGCAGAUCCUGAAAGGCAGGUGUCCGCUGUCCUGCGGCGCGCCCUGAGCAGGAGCCAGAGGUUACUGGAGCACCAGCAGCAGAGUCUGAGGGAGGAGCAAGAGGACAGUGCCGUGCUGGAAGACUUGCUGGAGACGCUGGAGGCGGACACCUUUGCCACCCUGUAUAGCCAGGAGCUGCGGCUGGCCUCCUACCUGUCCAAGCUGACGACGGUGCCGGCGGGCACGCUGCGCCGCCUCCUGAGCGUGGCUCUGCCCACAGCCUCGCCGCCCGAGCUGCUGGCCGUGCUCGAGUCGGUCAGCCAGAAGCAGCCGGACCCCGCGGUGGAGAAGGACGGCGGUGGGGAGCCGGCCGACCCGGGCAGAAGGGGGAAACACCAGGGCUGGUGGCGGGAACUAGAAAACAAACUGCGUGGGGAACUCAUAAGCAAAGGAUCAGAAAAGAUGCGGUGGGCUCGCCAGAGGAAGGAGAGCAUCCUGGAGAAGACACGUCCCCCCCUCAGAGAGAGGACGACGCUCCCUGGAGAGGGGAGUUGGCCGCACCUGACCCUGGAAUCCAGCGACGAACUGGUGCCUGUGCCCCUUGUAGGGGCAGAAACCAUCGAUCUCUUAAACACAGGCGAGAAGCUCUUUAUAUUCAGGAACCCAGUGGAUCCGGAGGUCUCACUGCACGUUCCUCCCAGGAGAAAGAAGAACUUUCUGAACGCCAAGAAGGCCACCUGGGCCCUGGGCCUGGACUAGCCACAGGAGGCGCCAAGGAGCCUGAGAGAUCUGUUUUCUCCUGCCCACCUGCGUGUGUGUUCAUAACGUAUGAGCUGAAAAUAGAAGUCGCACGUGGAAGGCACAGACAUCCCAGCGAGCCCCCUCCCCGACCUUCAAGGACCCCAUUUACUCCGUUCGCAUGAAUUCCCCGCCGG